AUGGCAGCUAGUUUGAUCCAGCAUCUGCGAACAACUGAGAAUUGUCCCGUUCUAUUCUUCUUCUUCCGAAACAUCGUGGCCGCAAAUUUCUCACCGCGCGCCCUGAUCCAAGAUUGGCUUGCUCAAUUGCUACCUCAUUCUCCCAAGCUGCAGUUUGCUCUUCAAUCGCGACUCAAGGACAGCUUGGAAGAGACAUCAGACAAUGAGCUCAUUCAACUCUUCCUUGAUGGCGUAUCCUGCGUCCCCAAGCUGUACUGUGUUGGUGAUGCGCUCGAUGAGAUGUCGACUGAUAGCACGCCAAUCUUGGAGAGGCUCAACGGUCUCGCUACUCAUCGGCCCAGAACAUUAAAGUUGCUCAUGACCAGCAGACCGUCUCGGAGCUUGCAGAGCACGCUACGAGAUUCAUCCAUCGUUCACAUCAGCCUGCAGCAGCGUCUUGUGGAUGUUGACAUCCAUUCAUAUCUCAAUCAUCGAUUUGACAUGGCGCCAACAUCUGAGCAUCAGCGCGAGGCGAAAGAAGAUCUCGUCAACAUGGUCGCGCAGAAAUCCGAAGGCUUAUUUCUCUACGCCAAGCUGACCAUGGACCAAGUUGAAGAUUCCCUUCAAUCCGAUACAGCUCUCAACAUCAAAGAUCUCGAGGCAUCACUUCCCGUUGGUCUGGAGCAGACGUACACGAGCAUGCUAGCAAAGCAACGGGGAGAGCCUGGAAUUACUAUAGAUGUCCAAGUCUUGAUCCUUGAAGCAGUUACCCAUGCAUCGCGUCCCCUCCGAUUGAAUGAACUGGGGAGCCUCUUGAAGUGCGUCCGCCCUGACAUUACCCAGCCCAGCGCCUUCAAAAGUUUGAUCGCAACUAGCUGUGGACCACUGAUCGAAAUCCUCGAGGACGAGACUUUGCAGGUAAUCCAUCAUUCAUUCACAGAAUUCCUACGUGGAGAUACUCGUAGCGUGUCCACUGUUGGUGCAUCCGACUUCCCAAUUCUCGACUCACUUCAGGCACACAAGCAUAUUGCCACGAAUUGCCUUUUUUAUCUGCAGUCCGGAUCACUCCUACUGGAGAGCGAACAAUCCGACACCUCAGCUUACAGGUCAGCUCGCCUACGACAUCCAUUCCUCAGCUAUGCAGUUGAGAAUUGGCCGUACCAUGCUUCAAACUACGACGCGGAUGACGACGACUUCUUUAUGACCAUCUUGGACUUUGUCAACUCCAAGAGCCUUUCGUUUCUCCGAUGGCUUGUCCUGCAAUGGGGAUCAACAUCAAGUAACAAAGGCUCACUGAAAGGGAUCCCGACUGCUCUUCAUCUUGCAGCCUUUGCAGGACUAACUCAGUUCUCUUCCAAGCUACUCAGGCAAGGCGCGACGGUUUCGGCAGUUGAUGCUCAAGAGCGGGUUCCGCUACACUGGGCAGCAGCAAAUGGUCACGAUAAAGUCGCAUCGCUCCUCAUUCAGUACGGGGCCGAUGCCGAUGCCGAAGACGGAAGAGGGCUGAAGCCCAUCCAUCUCGCAACCUUGAAGAACCACGCCAAGGUAGUAACAGUCUUACUGGAAGCAGGUGUUAAGCCAAACACAAUAAAAACAAAGGAGAACCGCACAGGACGUCUCCUCGGUGGCGAAAGAAUCACCAGAGGAGGACACACAGAGACAAUUACUGUCAUGAUACCCUUCUGCGAGCCACGCAUGCUAGAGCAACUUCUGUGCCAAUGCUGCCAGUUCGGUCGUGCAGAUGCAGUUCUAGCAAUCCUAAAGAACUCACCUGUCUCGCCCAAUGCAACCUUUGAAGGGGCAACAGCGUUGUAUUUUGCUUGUGCUAUACCCAAUGCUAAGUGUGUCGAAGCGCUCAUUCACGCAGGUGCAGAUAGGAAUGGGGCACCUCCGCGGAAACGGGAACAUGCAACACCGUUACAUCACCUUGCAGAGGUUUGGGAAGAUGAGAAUGAUUCCGAGAGCCAAGAGGUCCUAAGGAUGUUGCUGAAAGCUGAUGCUGACCUUGAAAGGUUUGAUGGCCAAGGAAUGACUCCUUUGAUCAUUUCAGCAAAAGACCCACGGUAUGCCUUGGUAAGAGCGGGCGCCAACGUCAAGGUCCUUGGCCCGCCUCCGAAUCAAGACACGAUGCUGCACCGACUUCUUGUGGAAUAUGGUCCUGUUCGAGAGGUCCACCGACACGUCCGUGAGGCAUCACUGUUGGUUCAAUCUUUCGGAGAUAAGCGAUGCAGACAGGUUUACUCACUAUCUUGA